AUGAAUUUUCACACCGGAGAUGUUGGUGAUCACAUUGCGAAUCUAAAGAUCUACAAUUCAUGGAAGGAGGCCAGUUAUUCAAAGCAAUGGUGUUAUGAGAACUAUAUACAGAUAAGGAGCAUGAAACGUGCUAGGGAUAUCCGUGACCAGCUUGCAGGUUUAUUGGAGAAGGUUGAGAUCGAACUAACUUCAAAUUCUAAUGACUUAGAUGCCAUAAAGAAAUCCAUAGCGUCUGGAUUUUUCCCUCACACUGCAAGACUACAAAAGCAUGGAUCUUAUCGACUGGUGAAAGGUCAACAGACUGUCCACAUACAUCCCAGUUCGGGGCUGGUAGAGAUUCUUCCUAAAUUGGUUUUAUACCAUGAGCUAGCACUCACAACUAAGGAGUAUAUGAGGCAAAUCACUGAGAUAAAGCCAGACUGGUUGCUGGAGAUAGCCCCCCAUUUUUACAAUCCCAUGGAUCUUCAAGACUUGAGCUCCAAGAAAAUGCCUCGUGGAUGUGGACGUGUUUGCUUAUAG